CUAACGCCAUACGGGCGUUCUGCACCGGAAGUACGUCAUCUUCCUCUUCCUGCCUCGACUCAGGCGCCUGAAACACGAGUGUUCGUCUCUUCUCUUCUUACUAAGCGGCGCUGUGAAGAAACUGGACCGACUGGCGACACUUAACUAACACAAAAUGAGACCCAUCCUGCUCCAGGGCCAUGAAAGGUCCAUCACCCAAAUCAAGUACAACAGAGAAGGAGACCUGCUCUUCUCCGUAGCUAAAGACACGGUCACCAAUGUGUGGUACUCUGUUAAUGGCGAGAGGCUCGGCACAUACAAUGGACACACAGGAGCUGUGUGGUGUGUCGACUGUGACUGGGACACUAAAAACGUAUUGACGGGAUCAGCAGACAACAGCUGCCGACUGUGGGACUGUGAGACCGGUAAACAGCUCGCCCUGCUCAACACCAACUCUGCUGUCAGAACGUGCGGCUUCGACUUCAGCGGCAACAUCAUCAUGUUCUCCACAGACAAGCAGAUGGGUUACCAGUGCUUCCUGAACUUCUUUGACCUGAGGGAUCCACAGCAGAUCGAAGACAACCAGCCCUACCUGUCCCUACCUUGCGCUGACCACAAGAUUACCAGUGCUGUGUGGGGACCCCUGGGAGAGUUCGUCAUUGCUGGCCAUGAGAACGGAGAGUUCAACCAGUUCAGCGCCAAGUCUGGAGAGAUCCUGAAGAAGGCCAAGGAACACACCAAGCAGAUCAAUGACAUCCAGACAUCAGUGGACCUCACGAUGUUCAUCAGUGCCUCCAAGGACAACACAGCCAAGCUGUUUGACUCCGCCUCUAUGGAUCACAUCAAGACUUUCAAGACAGAGAGACCCGUCAACUCUGCUGCCAUCUCCCCCAUUAUGGAUCACGUGGUGAUGGGAGGUGGGCAGGAGGCCAUGGAGGUCACCACGACCUCCACCAGGAUCGGCAAGUUUGAGGCCAGGUUCUUCCAUGCUGCCUAUGAAGAGGAGUUUGGCAGAGUCAAAGGUCAUUUCGGCCCCAUCAACUGUGUAGCAUUCCACCCUGAUGGCAAGAGUUACAGCAGUGGAGGAGAAGACGGAUACACAAGGAUUCACUACUUUGACCCACAGUACUUUGACUUUGAACUAGAGGCAUAAACAAUCCGGAUAAACAGACAACACCGCUUCAGCUAACAUCGUACUCAGUCCAGUCAGGAAGAAGGAUUAACGGACUGAAGUGCUAUUUACAGUCUACUAACCACCUCGCCUCAUUCCCUUCAUCUGAACUCAUCUAUAAUCAGUGUACUUCAAAUAAAGGUGAAGAGGUUGACCGCAUCUCAGUGACAAGAAUUUUUCGGGUGUUUUGUAAAGUAAUUUUCUAACAUCACUUGGAAACUGUCUCGGUGGGUUCAGAAGCAAUUUUUUUUUUUUUGCCCUGGAUCUGCAGAGCUUUUGUGACUGGACUUGAAAAACCCACUCCCCCUGAUUCCCAAGUCUAUUUAAUCUGGUUCUACAAAUUAGAAUUUGAGUUGAUAUAUUUUCUGUUCUGCCAUUCCACCACAAGUUUCAAUAAAAUUACUGAAUUCAA